UCUUUCUCUCUCUCUCUCUCUCUCUCUCUCUCUCUCUGUCUCUCUGUCUCUCGCUUCUCAAACAUACCACUCGGCUACUUGGAAACCACAGCCGGCGGCGGGUUUUGCGAAGAACUAGGCUACAUCUCAAAGACUUUACAAUCUGAGCGAGGUAGCAGGCGGUUCACCGCCCUUGUAUCACCAAUGCCAUCUACUCCUCCGUCUGAUUCAUUCACGGCGCAAUGACAGUGAAUGACAGCAAGUGUAACAGACACAGGCACCGAGGCUCAACAUGAAUGGGUCACUGUGUCUAUCUCUAAGGAAAUGAGUUGGACAACAUGGGGACACUUCUGUGCUUCCUUCUGCUGAUGACAUGGCUGGACUCAGGGCUUGGCCAACCAGGUUUAGAGUGCUACAAUGACUUGAUUAACAACAUCACUUGUAAGCUGAAAGGGACGGAUCAGCUCAUGGAACCCCAAAGCAUAUGCAUUCUAACGGCCGUUGAAAGUGACAGCGGUGACCAUGCAAUCGAGGCAAAAUGUGUCCUGGAAAAGCCGGGAGGUAACUUUACAGAGUGUGUCCUACACUUUCCAAAUUUAAGUUAUUUUGAUUUGGUAACUACGUAUGAUCUAAAGGCCUCCUGCAAAAACAAGGCUGUGGCAAGUCUAGAAAGCUACAAUCCAUAUAAACGGACGGUGAAAAUGCCCCCUCCCAGAAUGCCAACCAUUGAGAAUACCACCAUCUCCUGGACGCUUUUCCGCACGUCACUCUUUGAAACGGAAUUUAUAAAAUAUACGUUUGAACUUCAGUACAAAACCGAUCGACAGAGAUGGAAGGAAUGCAAAAGCAUUACAGUAGAACAGACCAGCCGCCAUCUGCAGGAGGAGCUGGAGAAGGGCCAGCGGUACCAAGCUCGGGUUCGAAUCCGGCCCGAAAUUGACGCCUGGAUGUGGAGUGACUGGAGCCCCGUUGCCUCCUGGGAUACUCCAGCUGAUCUCACGGAGGACCUGGAGACGUGGUUGAUCUGGUGGGCCACGAUCGGUGCUUUGGCUGUGAUUGUCUUCCUCGUCGUCAUCAUGUUCAUGGGUGCUCGCAAGAUAAAGCCGUCAUUCAUACCUGACCCCGCAAAGUACUUUGAUGGUCUUCAUUCUGUCCAUAAAGGCAAUUUUAAGACCUGGCUGGGCUCUUUCCAGGCAGUGGACAUCUUAAGUAUCGAGCAGCAGCACGAGUACACCUCGCCAGUGGAGGUCCUGAAAGGUCAGACGUCCAGCAGCUUCAGCAACAACCAGUACUUCUAUGGAUCUCAGGAAAUCAUAAAGAUCCCUCCCCAUCCCUACCCCGAAAACCUGGAGCCCUGUCCAGAGUUCUCCCCCUACGACGACAUGAAGGCUGACCGGGGUUCCAGCACGGUGGACAACGCGGACAUGAGCAACAAGCGGAACAACAGCGCAGGGCUGACUGGCAGCAGCAGCAGUGGCCGGACUAACGUGGACCUUGGACCCCUCCAGAUGAGCUCCUCCUAUAAGGACCUGUCGCGCCUGAGGGAGGAGGCGCAGAGCCCAGACUCAGGUGUCUCCGUGGGGAGCAUUGAGGAGGAGAGCCACGAGGAGUCGUUGGAGAGCAGCUACGAGCAAGACGAGAAAGUGCCCUUGGCCCACCGCGGUGGCACGUUUAGCCUCCAGAAGGCUCCCAGCUCUUUGCACAUGCCUCUCAAGACUGACUGGUCUUUACCCAGGACUCCCCUCCCACCUUUCCCCCCUCUCCAUUGUACUGUUCCCUUCAUUGGACCAGACCAGUGCAGUACCCCCACAGGACAGAUACACCCUCUUGGUGGAUUGUAUGGGGAGCUAGAACCCUCUAGUGACGAUUACAUGCCAUUAAAAACAUAAAUCUCCGCUGUUCUAAAGGCUAUAGCUACCAGAGACUUUCUACUGAGGAAAUAUUAUGUUAUUAUAUUUACAUUAUAUUUUUAUAUUUGUGUAGAAAUGUGUGUUUAUGUGUUUAGAUUUGGAUCCCACCGGCAUGAAUGUAGACUGUGAAUGAAUCUGUCCAUAGCUUGUUUCAUACUUGAUGUCAUUUAAUAAAGAUUUUUCCCCUGCAUUUUGUGAA